CCAGGGUGAUACCAAUGGUCAUUCAGUUUUCUAUUCUGAUCAUGUUGCACUCCGCUCUUGUGCUAAUCACUACGGCAGAGGACUACAAAUGUUUACCCUUAAUGCUCCGGAAAACUUGCUGCUGGAUUAAUGAGACCUACCUGGCCAGGAAUGUCAUUAUAUUUGCAUCCAUCCUGAUUAAUUUUCUUGGAGCCAUCAUCAAUAUUCUAUGGUGUGAUUUUGACAAACCAGUAACCCUGAAGAACCAGACUUUCAAUUCAUCUGCAUCUUUUACGGACAUCUGUUCCUAUCCUGAGUAUUUUGUCUUCACUGGUGUGCUGGCAAUGGUGACUUGUGCAGUCUUUCUUCGUCUCAACUCUGUCCUGAAGCUGGCAGUACUUCUCAUCAUGAUUGCGAUCUAUUCUCUGCUGACUGAGACCAUUUACGCUUCUCUUUUUCUGCAAUAUGACAACUUUAACCACAAUGGAGACACAGACUUCCUGGGUACAAAGGAGGCAUCUUUACUACUGAUGGCAAUGUUCCUUUUAGCUGUAUUUUAUCACGGUCAACAG